AUGUACGCAACAGCGCGUGUGGGCGACAUAAACCAAUUGAGUCCUGGAGUUCAUAUGAAAUAUCAUCAGGAUGAAGGUGCUAUAGAGGUAGAAACUUUGGAGCCAGUAAUUACCGAUACCACAAAUGCUCAAAAAUUUCCUCUGGGGCAAGGAAAUUCAAAGGAUCUACAACGUCUUCUCUUAGAGCGUCUACGGGAUGGUGUGGAUGACUCGGGCACUGACGAUAGUAACGACUCUUUGACGCAUUGCUCUUCAAUACUCUCGUUCAUUUCUCAUUACGCAAGAGAUUAUUCAGAUGCUUCAGAUGAAUUCGAAGAUGUAAAAGAAAUCUUUCCACAAAAUGACAGGCAAGCCACCACCGCCUCAAUGAUCUCACCUAAAUUUAGUAGAUUAACUUUGGGUUCAAUAAGAGAUGCAUUGAAUAAGCCGAAAAACUCGAGACACAUUAAAAUGCUGAGUCAACUAAACCUCACUGCACCCGAGAUCAACGAACCAAUUAUAUUUGAAUCAAAAGUGGCAAAAUUGAGUUCACCUGCCAUAAAGAAAUCCUCGAAAAAUCAUCUUAUAUUGACGAGAAAGUGUUUAUGUCAGUUUAAGAAUGCGGAAAAGGCGGCCAAGAUAUUCGAUGGUUUACCUUUGUGCACCCUCCCACCAAAAAGUCCAGAUGGCGAUAAUCCUCACGGUUUCGCUAAUUCUUCUGUCUUGCCAGCCGAAAAUGUCUUAAUAACUUUGGCUACAGUAUUUGCGGUCACCGAAGAUCUCACACCAGAUCCGCAUAUUAGGUUGGACUACAUAUCUUCGCCAAAGAAACAAUCCUUUAUUUCCAUCAUGGCGCCGGACCUUCAGAAACAUCGACAAUGGCUUAUCACCUUACGCCCAACGAUCAUGAAUUCUGAUCCUAUUGGACCAUAUUUGAAUUCCAGCCAGCGCGCAUGGAUCAUGAAGAAACUGAACCAGCUUGACGACUUGGUCGACGAGAAUGAGGAGAAAUUAAUAGCUUACCGAGUGUUGCUCAAGACUGUAAUAGACGAAGAUCGACCUGAUCAAGGUGAAAAAGAACCACGGGUGCCCGUAUUAUUCGUACUUGGAAGGAGUAAUAUUUACAUUAUCCUGUGUAACUUGAGUGACGACGGAAUAUCCAAUGAGAACAGUAGAAGAAGCCGAGAUUUUAAGUCGGGUGAUAAGCCAGCACUUUAUCCAUUGUUGAUUGAAGACAUCAAGCCCAAAGAGAUCAAUUUUCGGAAAUAUCAAUAUCCGCUACUCUGCCUAACCAACAUCAGGUUCGGUGGACACGAUGACACUUUUUCUAUAACUUUUAAAAUUAGCGUGGGAUCCAUCAAUCGGACAUUUGUACUUUCAUCGUUAUUAUAUAAAACCAUAAUAAACGACGUUAGGACAGCCAUUGACUCGAUUACCUUCUGGUGGCCAAAUCCCUCCUAUAAUGUGCAAACGUCAUCAUCAGCAUCCACCUCACCCUCGACAUCCAUAGUUUCACCUAUUCGAGACGGUAAAUCGGUACAAGAAAUUGGACUGGAGAGAAUGAUUGAGGCCCAACGUCAUGCUUUUCGUGUUUCCAAAUCGAGAAUAUCAUUUAGAGUGGAUUAUGUGAUGGGAGCAGAAGCUAUAGUUCUUGGAAUGGGCGUCGAACAUUUGCCAUUUAGAUUCACAUUGCUUCCUCCUAAAGGAGGAGAGUUGGACGAGGAUGAAUCCUAUACCAAAUUCGAAUUGUUAGCCGUACUUAAUUCAUUGCAUCACCAUCCACAAUUAUACGAGGUGAUAUUCAAAGAUAUCAAUUUAUUUGAACUACAAAUCCAACCCGGACCAGAAAAUCACAAAUGCACCAAUAUGCUUGCCGCAAUGGUUUACGAUUUACUGGUAUCAAAUCCAAAGUUACGAAAAUUGGAUUUGACUUCGUGCGGAAUCACCGGAGAGACUGUGGUAGCAAUCGGAAAUGCCCUGUUCACCGGAGAAUUAUCGCUCGAAAAAUUAUUUAUUGGUAAUAAUUCGAUCACAAGAGAAGGAAUACAAGCAUUGGCCACCGGACUCACAAAUCAUGGAUCGAUUCUGAAAGAACUCGACCUUUCGAAUUGUAGGCUGACUUAUGAAAGUUUAGAGGUGAUAUUGAAUGCCCUUGACACUAACAAUCCCGACCAGCUCGAAAUCUUGAAUCUUUCGGAUAACACACCCAAUCAAAUUAUAUCAUAUGAGGUGUUAGGAAGAACAAAUUUAACGACUCUGGAUAUAGGACGGGUGUCCCUAAAUAUUCGAGAUCAUUUGUUCGCAUUGUACGAGUAUAUCAAAUCACCCGCCUUCUCAAAAAUGAAAUACUUCAUUGUGGAUCACUGUAACCUGGACGGCGAGGCGUUGGCGAUAAUUCUUUCAUACAUCAGCACCUCGCCGAACUAUGAAAGCAUAAGGGUUUGGGCGGGUGGAAAUUAUAUAGGACGAACUUCCACUGGUUGCAAAGAGUUUUGUAAUGCAGUGAGAAAUGAUUGGACACCGGCGUGGUUAUCGUUAGAGGACACGAUGUUUGGCUCUAAUGCAGACGAUGUGGUGGAAAUUCUGUCCGCAUUAUCCGAAAACACUAUGCUUAAAUAUUUGGAUUUAUCGCAUCCACGACUUAGAAUUGGUGAAAAUGCAAUGUUAAACACGCAGCAUGUUAUAACAGCAAAGAAAGCAUGUGAGGUUAUUGGAAGGUUGUUGAGGUAUAACACGGGUCUCAAGGAGUUGAAUUUGUCCGGUGAUUCCGGUCGAAGAUGGGGAUCAUCCUUGGGAAUUCAUUUGGAGGCAUUGGAAGAGAAUGAGGUGUUGGAAAGAUUGAAUGUCAGGGGGAAUGUUAUUCGUGAUCACGGUGCAAAGUCUUUGAGCCAAGGUCUGAGGUCUAAUGUCGCGUUGAAAUUUUUGGAUAUUGACGAGAAUGAGAUUAGCAUAGACGGAUAUAUGGCACUUCACCAAGUCAUGACCACUCGCGAAAAUGUUACACUUCAAGAAUUAGUAUACCCUAUGCAUGAUUUGCAAAUACAUAACGAAUACAUAGACACAAAACUAUCUAUAAACACACGGGACACGAUAUUUGGAUCGUCGACGAUGCGUAACAAUCAGAGGAUCGCCUCGGAGAGACAAAAAAUCGAAUUCAAGACAGUGAUCGAUCAAAUCAUGACAGCGAUAGAAGAAAAUUCGAAAACUGGAAAUAAUGAAGCAGCAGAUGAAGGGAUCAGGGAAGAAGAGUACGAGUGA